GCGGUCCCCGCGGGUCACGUGACUCGUCGCUAAGCGAGAAGGUUAGAGGACCAUCAGAAACGGCCAGCAGCUCCACAGCAGCAGCAGCGCAGGACAUUUCACCACUGUAGAAAACAGCUACUGCCGCGUCUGUUCACCCUUUCAGCGCGGGCGGUGGUGUGUUCUGGUGUGUAGCAUAGUGAAGUGUAGUGUAGUGAAGGACAGACCGAGCUCCUCCUCCUCACUUCAUUAACGGCGGAGACGGACCGGAGAGUCCUUCAGGACACCGCGCGUCACAGCGACAGCUAACCCCUCGUCUACACACGGUAUAUCUGUGUAUAUCAGCUAAUUUCCAGGCGCGGUCCCGUGUCUCCGGACUGGAGGGGGUCCGUCGUUUGAUCGCUGUAAACCCGUUAGCUAGCUAAGGUGAGCUAGCAGACCGAGGCUGACUGCUGGUUGAGCUUCAGUGGGGAUUAGUUAACCGCUCGUCGCUCUUCGGCUGAAAUACUAGCUAGCCUCUAGCCUGAGCUCGGUUUAUAUUCUCCUCACUGUCGUUUAUUUAACCGUACACUCCUCCUCCUCUUCCUCAGAUACGCAGUGUGCGGUGCGUUUCCACCGGAGGCCGUUAGUUACGUAAGAGGCCCGUCAGCGGGAGAGGACGGCCGGUGUAGGUCCCUGAUGUCGGCGGAGGGUUACUGUGUGAGCGCUGUGCUGUGCUGUGAGGCGUGACGAGCUCGUGCGGUUUGAAGGCGUGUUAGUAAGGGGACGCGGCUCGGCCUGUGACUGACUGACUGGUGCAGGAAGUAAGGAAAAAGGCACCGGUGGGAAAAGGAGGCCUUCAUUUUUUUCUCAGUCGGUGAAGCAGCCUGUGCGCGUGGUGCUCCGUCUUUCUGCUGUGAGCUGAAGUGGCUUGUUGGGGAAAAUGUCUGGCCAGACGCUGACUGACCGUAUCGCCGCCGCGCAGUACCAACUGACCGGGUCAGACGUGGCGCGAGCUGUGUGCAAAGCUACCACGCACGAAGUGAUGGCGCCCAAGAAGAAGCACCUGGACUAUCUGAUCUCUGCUACCAAUGAGACCAACGUGAACAUCCCACAAUUGGCUGAUACUUUGUUCGAAAGAGCUAUGAAUGCCAGCUGGGUGGUUGUCUUCAAAGCCCUUGUCACCACCCACCACAUGUGCAUCCAUGGCAACGAGAGGUUUAUCCAGUAUUUGGCUUCCAGGACAUCCCUAUUCAACCUGAGCAAUUUUAUUGACAAAACUGGAAGCCAUGGCUAUGACAUGUCCACAUUCAUCAGACGAUAUGCACGUUACCUGAAUGAGAAGGCGUACGCUUACCGUGCAAUGGCAUUCGACUUUACUCGAGUCAAGAAAGGUGCUGAUGGAGUGAUGAGGACCAUGGCUCCUGAUAAACUGCUCAAGGCUAUGCCUGCUCUGCAGACUCAAGUGGACACCCUUUUGGAAUUUGAUGUUCAUCCCAAAGACUUGAACAAUGGCAUUAUUAAUGGAGCUUUCAUGCUUCUCUUCAAGGAUUUAAUCAAGCUAUUUGCAUCCUACAAUGAUGGAAUUAUCAACUUAUUAGAGAAAUAUUUUAAAAUGAAGAAGUCUGACUGCAAGGAAUCUCUUGAGAUCUACAAGCGGUUCUUAACCCGAGUGACGAAGAUUUCAGAGUUUAUGAAAAUUGCAGAGCAAGUUGGAGUGGACAAAAAUGACAUUCCUGACAUAUCUUAUGCCCCCAGCAGUAUUCUGGAGUCUCUAGAAACACACAUGAACAGUCUAGAAGGAAAGAAAGGAGAGGGAUCUCCAACAAAGGGAUCGCCCACCAACAAUGUGUCUCCAACUUCCACUCCUGCCAAAUCCGGAGGAGCUGUUCCCACUCUGGAGCCGCCCCCCACUGAGGCUGCAACUGCAGCUGCACCCGCUGAGGCUGCCACUGAUUCUUUGUUGGACUUGGACCCACUGUCCUCUUCAGGGCCAUCUGCAGGUGCAUCAGCUGCUCCUACAUCCUGGGGAGAUUUGCUGGGAUCAGAAUUCGGUUCCCUCACCACGGAGACUCUCCUUCCCGACCCCUCUCCCGCUGUAGACUCCACCUGUCCUGCGACAGCCGCACCUAGCGCCACAACCGGUGAGGCAGCCAUCUCUUUAGCUCCUCCCACUACCGCUGCCGGCUCCACCUCCGGCUCAGCGGAUCUCCUUGGAGGCGCAUUUGCGAGUCCACCAGCUGACUCUGCAGAGAGCGGGGCUGCAGCCACCACAGCUACUGCUGCUGUUGAAGCUACUUCUGCAACUGACCCCUUUGCCCCAUCUCCAGGACAGUCAGCAGUUUCCCCACAGCUGGACCUGUUCUCCAUGCAGCCUGUAGAGAGCAGUACCUCCUGCUUCAGCUCAGUGGUGCCCCCCGCCACUCAGACCCCACUUACUGCUAACAACCCUAUCAACUCAAGCUCUGUAGCCCUCACAACAGAUCUGUUUGGUGAUUUUUGUAAUUCCGUGUCAGAACCAGUCAUCCCUAUAUCAGACACUGCCCCCAGUCUAGACCUGUUUGCAUCAGAUGUGUUCUGCCCCAUUCCCACAGCUCUCUCAGCUCCCAUGAGCUGGCCGGACAGCGGGGCAGCUUUGGAUGUGGUUAGGGACUCUGCGACCGCUGGUGAUAGCCAGCCCACAGCUCCAGCACCAGCAGCAGCAUCUGCUGGAAGUGAUCUGAUGGGAGCAUUUGGUGACUUGGGGGACAUGCUCAUGCCAGCCAUGGCCCCUGUGGGAACUGGAGCAGCAUCCCCUGUUAAACCAAUGGGAGACCUGGACUCCACCAUGGCCAACCUGGCUGGAAAUUUGGGAAUGGGGACCCAGAAACCGGGUGAAGCAGCAGCAGGAGGUGCAAACUGGCAAGCUCAGGUAGCAGCCCCUAGCUGGGGCAUGCCCAUGACUGCUCCCACUGGGGUCUCUCCUCUAAUGGGUUCCCAGCUGCCAUUUGGCAUGGGUGCUGCAGGAGCUGCUCCCGGGUCUCCGAUGAUGUUCCCCCAGCAGCCCAUGGUGAGACCACAGUUUCCUGCUGCAGGAGCACCUGCUGCAGGAGCAUCGGUGUCUCCUGGAAUGGCUCAGAGCCCCAGAAAGCCACCUCCUCCCAAAGAUCCCCUCGCUGACCUGAACAUUAAAGACUUCCUAUAGAUCAGCAUCAGCUCCUGUGACCCUGAAGAAUUGGAUGUGUGUACUCUCUCUUCUGAUCAGUAUUUUCAGGGUUUACCUUCUUUCCUUUUCUUUCUCUCUUUCUCUGUCUCAUGUUGUACCACAACCUGUGAAAGUGAUCCUGUACACGUGCGUGUGUGUGUGUAUUUUAAUGUUAUCCUUUGUUUCUAAGCUAUAUUUAAAAAGACAAAGCCGGUAAGGUAUUGAUGGAUGCAUUCUUGUACAUCUACAGUAGUGGAUGUGUGUUCCUUUUCUAUUUCUCCUGGCUUGCUUCUCUGUGGGGAAACCCCAAACAGAUGUGUGAUGUUUUCUGUGGGAAAAAAAGUGUUUCAGUGUGCUAAGUAUCACUGGUCAAUCUCGGGCCCACUCGAUUCAUGUUGUCAUUUGAAGCAUUAGUUGUCUAGCGCUUAGCCAUUCAGCUUAUGGGAACACAUGAAUGGACAAUGACAUUAACAAGAUGUAUUAAAAGAUUGUGUAGCAUCUCCUGUUUCUGUUCGUUUCUGUUUUUACUGGUUACUUUCUUGACCUGGUCUUCAUCCUCUUCUAUUGGUACAUAAACAUUUGACUAGGACUAUUGAUAAAAAUAUGCAUUUUAGAAUAUUUUAACUUUAGUCUUUAUUUUGGGAUAAAACAAAAUGUUGAAUAUAUUUUACUUUAUGUAUUUAAAAAAAUGUGUGUGAAGUAUUUAAUUUGUAUAAAAAAAAACAUAUAAAAAAUGUAUUUCUCUGUCCUGCCACCAAGCUAAGUUUAACUCCACAUCGUGGCAAACAGAAUGACUGCUUGGGUGAAUUUCUAUGGGUGUAGAUGUAGAGCUGGAUUAUACACAGCUGCAUCUACAGGAACUCCUGUUGUCUCUCUCACUUUUGGCCCUCGUAAAAAUGAAGAAGAUAUAAACUGGCUGUUUGAUGUUGUGAUUCAUUGCAGUUCACUAUAGAAAGAGAAAUGUGGAAAUCACUCUGAUUGUUCUAAAGACUGAUGGAAUAGUGUUAUAUUAACUGUGGCUGUGCUGGUUUAUUUAUUUUUUUCGCUUUUUUUUUAUUUAUUUUUGGAUGGAAUCACCCCUCUCCCUGUCCCCACGCCCAUCCUUUGUGCAUGUGUCCUGUUGAAAUGCAAUAAACAGUUACCUGGAAAACCCA